AUUAUCUCGUAGGUGCCACAGACGACGACUUGGUACUCUACCCUGACAUUCCCGUGGGUGACAUAUAAAGUCGCUUGUAGGCUUUUCCUUAUCUCAGUCGACGAACGCCAACGUCCGCGAUCUAUUUAUUCGCUGGACAUCUUAAGGCAUGCGUUGUUUCGAAUCGGUCCGAAGGAAAAGUGUAUCGUGACGGGGGCCGGAGAAUCGAAUUGGCGAACUCUGUUCACCAAUUGUAGUAUUGUUUAGUAUCACGUUCAAAGUAGUGAUAAACAAUGCGGAUUCUCCCCGUGUUGAUUAUUGCAGUGCUCCUUGUCAUUUGUUUCGUCGAUUCCAGUCUUAUACCGGCUAAAGGCUUGACGACAAGUCUUCGGGAAGUAUGGGACGACGACCACUUCGCGAUUGCCUUAUCGAACGUAAAAUCGAAGAAAAAAGAGUCGGAAGCAAUGGUUGAAACGCUUCUGGCAGUUAAGUAUGGCGCAUUCCGGAAGAAAACGAUGCUAAUGGUUGACAGGCGGACUAAACGAGUGAUUCUCGAGAGCAUCAACGAAAGUGGCCAUCGAACCGCGCAUCACAUCCACGCGAACAAUUUGAACGAGAACGCGCCGUCUAAGAACGUAAUCGUUUCGGUGCAUCAGAAUCAACCAGAUGCGCGGAUAGACGUUUACAUCGAUUGCAUCUAUCAGGGCGCGAUACCGUUCAAGAAACGUUUAAGGGAACUGGUGAAUGACGUGGAUGAUGAGCCAAUAGAGGCGUUCAGGGAGAGAAGGAGCCAGGCAAAAGUGUAUCGAUCAUCUGCCGUCGAAGACGCUUUCAAGGAUGAAAACUGUCCUGACCAUUUAGCCGACACAAGCGUGCCCGCGGAUUACUCGAAGCACGAGGAGUCCAUUUGGUACUCCAACACCGGUGAUUUUGAUCGAUCGGACGACGUCGAGCAAUUCGCGAAAUCGGACCACGGCCAUUCAUCAACUCGACUGGGUCAAUCGAACCGACAUGCGAAACGCACGUCCACAGGCAACCACGGCAAAUACACAUCGUUAGGUGACUUCGAAUUUGAUCAGAAUUGGGAUCGACUCGACGAGGAUGCGGAGGAAACGGAUGCUUAUGGUCGGGCAGCGUCGAAUUAUAAGAGAACACCUAGGAGAGGGGACAUAUCGAUUCAAAGCUUGGACGAGAAAACCUGCGUGACCGACAUUCAACUAGUAAAAACCCUGAACGAACUGAUCGAAGCCACUAAAAAGAUUUGGAGGGAAAUCGAAUUGAACAGAGUGGAAACGCAACAUCUACGACACUUGAUCGAAAAUUGCGCAGGCUGUCGGGAGCGUCCCGUUACGACCACGACGCCUGCACCUUCCACUUGCGAUUACAAGUCGCCCUGCUUCCCGGGGGCCGACUGUCGCGACACACCACAAGGCCCAAGGUGCGGCCCGUGCCCGCCCGGGUACACCGGCGACGGAUACCGGUGCGCAAAGAUGGCCAAUCCUUGCGCAAGCAAUCCGUGCUACCCCGGGGUCCGUUGUUACGACCGCGUGGGCGGUUACAGUUGCGGAAAGUGUCCUGUCGGCUACCUCGGCGACGGAAUGCGUUGCGAACGACGUAGGAACGGUUGCGAAAGCCGUCCUUGUUACCCGGAAGUGGAGUGCGAGUUGAUCAUUCAUCCCCCGUAUUACAGAUGCGGCUCUUGUCCGAACGGAUUCGUCGGGAACGGCACAUCGUGCGUUGUGAUGAACGAGUGUGAACUGGCGCAACCUUGCCACCCCGGAGUGCGAUGCGUUAAUCUGCGCCUCGGAUACAGAUGCGACUCAUGCCCGCGUGGUUACACGGGAUCUAUCGUGGAAGGAGUCGGUCUAGAUUUCGCUAGGACCCACAAACAGGUCUGCCAGGAUAUCAAUGAAUGCGUUGUCAACAACGGUGGCUGCGAUCCGUACAUGGAGUGUAUUAACACGGAGGGCUCAUUCAGAUGCGGUCCUUGUAAGCCGGGGUACGAGGGAAACCAAACGAUAGGGUGCCACCGCAGAGGCAACCUUUGCGCUGAUUCGAAAACAAUCUGCGAUGAAAACGCCGAAUGCAUGUGCAUCGACACCGACCGGUAUACUUGCAGGUGUCACGUCGGAUGGGCAGGAAAUGGACUCGUCUGCGGUUUAGACAGGGACAGCGACGGUGUACCGGACGGGAAUCUCCGGUGCUACGAUCGACAAUGUCGCGCUGAUAAUUGUCCUCUAGUACCGAAUAGUGGCCAGGAAGACGCGGAUGGAGAUGGAAUGGGCGACGCCUGCGAUCUAGACGCCGACAACGACGGUGUGCUAAAUCCAUCGGACAAUUGUCCAUUGCUUUCGAAUCCAGGACAGGAAGACACAGAUCGCGACGGGCCGGAUUCUGUUGGAGAUGUCUGUGACAAUUGUCCAUAUGUCAGGAACCCGAAGCAGGAAGACACAGACAACGACGGAAUCGGCGACGCUUGUGACCCUGACAUCGACAAUGACGGUAUUCCGAACAACCACGAUAACUGCCCGAGAAAGAAAAACCAAGAUCAAAUUGAUUCCGAUAAAGAUAGAAUCGGCGACGCCUGUGACAAUUGUCCUUUCGAUUCUAAUACGGAUCAAUUGGAUCAAGAUGGCGAUGGAGUGGGCGACGUUUGUGAUAACGAUAACGAUAGGGAUAGAGACGGCGUUCAAGAUGAUAGAGACAAUUGUCCCGAUAUAGCGAAUUCAGGACAGAAUGACGAUGACCGCGACGGCAUAGGAAACGAGUGUGACGAUGAUAUGGAUAACGAUGGAGUGCCAAACCAUCAGGACAAUUGUCCCUACGUGUACAAUCCGGAUCAACGUCACAGUCGUCACGAAUAUAUUGGCGACGCCUGUUGGAACGACUAUGACAACGACACCAUAGUCAAUCUCCAAGACAAUUGUCCGAACAACAGUUUGAUUUGGACAACGGAUUUCCGGAAGUAUGUGACGAUCGCUCUGGAUCCUUUUGGGACGGCUCAAGACGAUCCAGUGUGGAAGAUAAAUCAUGGCGGUGCAGAGAUUCAGCAACUGGUCAAUAGCGACCCUGGAAUUGCUAUCGGCCCAGACGUGUUCAGCGGCGUAGACUUCGAGGGCACGUUCUUCGUGGACGACGACGCGGACGACGACUCCGUCGGGUUCGUGUUCUCUUACCAGGACAACCGUCGGUUCUAUAUCGUGGCUUGGAAGAAGGGCCAGCAGCCUUACUGGAUGCCGAAUCCGUUCCGAGCAGUCGGCGAGCCUGGAAUCAUGUUGAAGCUAGUUGACUCGGCAACCGGACCCGGAGAGCUUCUUAGAAACAGCCUGUGGCACAACGAAGGCACCCCGAACCAAGUGAAGAUACUAUGGCGCGAUCCGAAGAAGAUCGGCUGGAAAGAGAGGACCCCGUACAGGUGGCAGUUAUUGCACAGACCGAGGAUUGGUUUGAUCAGGUUCAGGUUGUACCAAGGCAAACAGCUAAUGGCCGAUUCCGGGAACGUAUACGACUCGACCCUGAAAGGCGGCCGGCUAGGCGUUUACUGCUUCUCCCAGGAGAGGAUCACCUGGUCCAACCUCCUAUACACUUGCAAAGAAACCGUACCGCGAUCAGUAUGGAACGAGUUGCCUGCCGAUUUGAAGAACGAGGUGGCCGUAGAACCGAGCGACGACAAACAUCAACAAUCCAUGCGUCGCGUCGAUUACGACUUCUUUUGAAUUUCCAUUUUAAUCCAGAUUAUGGACAUUUAACAAUUUAUCGUAAGGAAACGAUUAAACCUACAAGACAGCGAAAUUAAAAUACCUCAUUGUUCUGCUAAAUCGGAAGCGGGACCGUUCAACGUGUCUUAAAAGUACAGUUUUCCGUUCAAGAACGUGGAACAACGUUUACACGCGAUUCUUCUAAAACACCGGUAUCCUAAUAUCGUGAAACAGGCGACUUGUCUUUGCGUUUAAACAAAACAAGAAUUCUGAGCGCAUCGCGAAAACAUUUGCAUUACAAAAACGUACAGUGCCAACCAAAAGUUUUGUGGGAAAAAUUUCUGUUUUAUUUUCGAAUUGCCUUUGCAGCCUACAUUUCUAAAUAAUAUUCAAAUAUAAAAAUUUACAAACUUAAAGAUAGUUGUAAUUUUGUUGUUCACUUAAAAAAAACUUGUAUUCCGUUGGUUUAAUGCAGAAUGCAUAUCACAAUGUUUUUAAUUCUUUUCAUUUUCAUUUUUAUUAUCUUCUGUUUAUAUUUCUGAGCGACCAACUUAAUAUGUAAAUUACAGUGUAUCGAAGAACACAUCGUAAAUUCAACGAACGCGGAUAUAAAUAAGUACAUCGAUAAGAUAAGAGUUAAAGAUGUGUUUACGAUUUAGGUUAUAUUUGUCGUGUGAUGUAACUUUAAUGAAUGUAUAAAUAGUUAUUUUGAACUUUUGGUUGGCAGUAUACGUUGUCGUGGUGCAAAAAAUGAAGAAAUGCAACAGAAGUGAUAAAAUUCUAACUAAUUAAUGAAUACGACAUACACAUAUACUACGAAUUAAAGAGACUCACGAACAAAUAUUUAAACGACCGCGAUAAUAGUCGAUGAUAACUAGACUGCUGACGUUUCUACAAAUAUGGGUUUCUUUAGACUAAUUCACUGAGAACUGUAAUUAAAGAGACAUUUUCUACUCUGCGAAAUAUUAAGUACAGUGUUUAAAACAGUUUUAUUUCGUUUGUAAUUUUAUAAAUCCAUUGACAGAGGAAAUAAAAUUCAUUUUACGUGAAUUUUGUAAAAAUGUAAUUUUUCCUUAUAUUUGUGCAUAUAAGAUAGAAAUUUAUAAGACAAGUGUUUCAAAUUUCGAGAAAUUACGAAUAAAAAUUUGAAACAUCGAUAUCUGACUGUAAACUUCGGUAUACAUUAUAUUCAUAUUCUCGAAA